AUGGCUGUAAAUGAGCCUUCUUCCUCUUCAUCAAAACGUCUUAGAAGACCAUCCAUGGCUCAUAUUGGUUCUGGCCCACGCUCAGCUGCCGGACCAAGAACUUCAAUGGCCUCUAAUCCACGUCUAUCCAUAGCCUCUAACCCAAGAAACUCUAUGGUAUCUAACCCAAGGCAUUCCAUGGUAUCUAAUCCUCGACAGUCCAUGAUCCCAGGAGUCUCCGGUGCAAGUCUAGCACGAUCUACUCCUUUAACUAGACGUCAAAAUAAUACACCAGGACUCUCUGCACGUCGACCACAACACAUUCAAAUUGGCAGCGCAUUCGGAAAUGGAAAUGGAAAUGGAAUUGGAGGCAACUUUUCAAAUAACUCAGCAACAAUAGGCCUUGGACCAAAUGGACCAGGUGUCAUGGCAGGCUCUUUAACUGAAAUGAUGAAUGCUAGUAUACAACGAACUAGCCAAUCUAGGAAAAAUUCAGUUCUUCCUGUUUCUUCAAAUGGCUCUCAACGAUUCCCAAAUAAUAAUAAUAAUAAUAAUAAUAAUAAUAAUAAUAAUAGUGGAGCCCCCCCAUCAGUAACACUACCAACUUCCUCAGCUCAACGAAAUAACUCACGUAUGUCAUCCUUUGGAGUUUCAACACCAGUCCCUUCAUCUGCAGGAUCUGUAUCAACCCCAGCUUCCGCUUCAUCAUCCCACGAAUUAAUAAUUUCACUCCGUGAUAAAGAUCAAGUUGCAAAAACAGCACAAGCAGUCCAUGAUUACUUACAAAAUAAUAACUUCCCUGGGGAAACAGGCCAUCCUCUUACUCUCAAGUCUUUACGUGCACCAACCCAAAAGGACUUUAUUUUAAUAUUUAAAUGGCUCUACACCCGAAUGGACCCAGGAUAUAAAUUUGCAAAAUCAAUCGAACACGAGGUUUACUUUCUAUUAAAAACUUUAAAUUACCCAUACUUAGAAACAAUAAAUAAAUCCCAAAUCUCAGCUGUUGGCGGACAAAGUUGGCCGGCAUUCCUUAACAUGCUUUUAUGGCUUGUUGAACUUAACACCACUAUGGAUAUCUUUAACAAGAGAGAAUACCCUGGAGCUGAACUUGCAGGUCCAAACAUUGUCGACCAACUUCUUUUCAAACAUACAUCACGAGCUUACAUGGCCUAUGUAUUAGAAGGUGUUGAAGACAACCAGCAAUUCCAAUCCGAUUUAGAAGAAGAGUAUUCGGGAUAUGUUGGCAGUUUAAAUGCAAGUCUUCAAGAGAUUCAAGAAUCAAACAAGGAACUUGAAGACAAGGUCCAGGAACUAAGCAAAAAGCCCUUGGCAAAACAACACCUUCAAGAAAAAAUUAAAAUGCUGACAGCUGAUGUUAAAAAUUUCCAAGCUUAUGCUGAGCGCAUGGAAGCCGCCAAAGAAAAGAAGGCUCGAGCUAUUAAGGAACUUGAAGAAAGUGUCAAGACUUCUGAGGCAGAUCUAAAGCGAAUACAAGAAGAAAAGGCGCAAAUCCAAGCGCAAAUUGCUUCACAAAUUCUAAAACCUGCUGAUAUUGAUAAAAUGCAACUUGAACGCCAAAAAAUUGCAACUUCUCUAGAUAUACACAAGGAUAGACUUGAAGAAAUGGAAAAAAUCCAAAAUGAAAAGGACCAGGAGGCUCAGGAAGCUCUUCAGCAGUUGGAAACUACUAUGAAUGAGUAUAUCAAAGCUUGCUACAGUUUAAAAAUGGACAGAUCAAAGGCACUUUCUGAAGCCAUGAAAAUGGAUCCUACACUCUUUUCCAUUGAUAUACCAAGCUCUCUUCCUGCAAAUCCUAGUGAGCUUCAUACUUCCAUUGAAUCCAAAAUUAACACCCAAAUCAAGCCCUUGCUUUACGAAUACCGCAAGGAAGUUGGCGAACGUACACAUCAGGCCCAAGAUGAAUAUAUUCGUUUACAAGAGCAAUUCGAUAGUCUUAACGAGCAAAUUGUUGAAAAACGAGAUCAAUUAGAAACAUUACAAGCAAAAUACAAUGCCACUUCUAACAAGGCCGAUGCGUUGACUCAAACCAUGAGCACAGAAAUGACUGCUGCUAACACGGAGAUUGAAAGAAUGGAACUCAAGAUUCAGGAGCUAACGCGUGACAUGAGUACGGGGCUAACUCAAUUACAAAAACAAAACAAGGAUCUUUCUCAAGAAAAUGAUACCCUUAAAAGACAAAUUACAUUAACACGAGAACGGAUGGAAGCAGAAGCUGAGCGAAUGCUUUCAGAUGUGAUUAGUUUCAAGUCUUAUACUCAGCAAACUCUUGAGAGUUAUGAAAACUUUGUUGCUGAGGAAUAUCGUGCAAUUGAAACCAUUCAAGCUCAAAACGACUCAUAG